CAGUAACUCUGGGUGGUUUCGCUAAUUCGCAUCCGUGCAGCACGUCUCCUCCCCUUUCCUCCCGGUCGCAUCUCCUCCCUGCCGGCGUCGAAGCUUCUGUAGGCCUCGCGCCUCGCUAUGGCGCGACGGGGCCACCACCUGACGGAGGUGGCCCUCCUAGCGUCCGCCUCCGGAUAUCUUGCGGCGGCGGGUGCCGGGGAGCGGGAGGGGUGGAUGGACGACCCGGCGGUGUUCCCCUCGCUCGGGCCCCGCGCGCGCGCCCUCGCCAUGGCUAGCGCGGCGCGCUCCGUGCUGGUGAUCGUCCCCAUCGCUGGUGGAGGCGGGGUCACGGUGAAGCCCGCCCUGGGGCCCGACGAGGGUCGGAUCUCUGCCGUGGAGUGGGUUCCGCUUGCCGGGGACGAGGCCGGAGGGGAUGAGGGUGUGGCCGUCGCGGUGGGCACCGACGCCGGGUGGCUCCUGUUCUACACGCUCGCCGGGGAUCUACUGCACAAGCAGAGUAUAUAUCCUGCAAAGAUACUGAAGCUUAAUUUCAGUGAGAGAAAGGAAAACGCUUGGGAAGAUUCAGGUUCAGAUGAGCUUUCUGUUGUUUUUCCUGGUGUUAUUGCGCAUUGUGAUGGCGAUGACCUUCAGACCAUGCUUCAAAAAUCGUUCGAAGAAGUUAAAUCACGCAUGUGGAAAGAUAAGUUUGAACAUGAAGAUGCUGAUGAUGAGAGUUCCUUUGGAAGGAUACCUAUUCGGAUUUGGAAUGUAAGCAAGUUUGGCUCUUGUGCUGAUGCUGCAAUUGUUGGGCUAAUGCCACCUCCCUUAUUAGAACUUCAGUCGAGUCAGCGUCACUACUGUGCCAUUACAGUUGGAGAGGAUGCUGUUGUUUCAGCAUAUAGGUUAUCAGAAGACAGAAGCAGGUCACUAGUUGGUGCAAUCUUGUCAAGAGGUGUAGCUGCCACAUUUUCGACCAUAUCAUCUUUGUCCAAAAUUCUAUGGCGGAGUGAACCAUCACCAACUAAGAAGUCACGACCAAAGCCUCAAUCCUUUGCAAAAACAUCACCUCUCACGUGCUUGAAAGACACGCCAAGGAAGGGAGAACGGCUUACACUCUCCCCAAGUGGUACGUUGGCUGCCAUAACUGAUUCACUUGGCCGGAUUCUACUGCUGGACACUCGUGCCCUUGUGGCUGUGCGGUUAUGGAAGGGCUAUCGUGAUGCAUCUUGUCUUUUUGUCGAGAUGCUUCUCAACAAAGACAAGGAAUCGUCAAGCUCAAUGCACUUGGAACAUACCAAGGGUGAUUAUUGCCUGUGCCUAGCGAUCCAUGCUCCACGGAAAGGCAUAAUUGAGGUUUGGCAGAUGCGGACUGGCCCACGUCUCCUAACCAUCCCAUGCCCCAAGGGAAGCAGAAUUUUGCAGCCGUCGACAAGGUUCUCAUCGUCGCAGUUCUCAUCAUAUUCCCCAUUGGAGGUGUAUUUGUUCAAUGGUGACUCUGGACAGUUGUCUGUUUUGAAUAGGCACAUUGGGUAACAAUUGUUGUUGUAUAAUUGCCGGCGUUGUACAGAGAUUAUUGUUUUCUGGAUGGCCAGGUGAUUAUGAUUUGGUGCUGUAAUUGUUCUUUUACUGGUGAAGAUUUUUUAUUUAUGAAAGCAGGUUUUGAUUGAUUUUA